GAUCCAAGAAAGGCUCAUGAGCAGCAAAUGAUUCGUAGACGCUUUUAUUAGCUCUUUUCAGCUGCUAUGCGGUCUCCUCUACAUAAUUCUGUACCAUCAGCAUCUUUAUUGAGAUUUCUGCGGGCACAAUCCGAAGGCAUUUCCUUCUUCAAUUCUAACCCCCGGCCAGGUUAUUUUUUCGACCAUGCACCCCAUGUCACAGCUUCUGGUCUAGGAUUUAUCUAUCAUUUACGGCCAUGUCGAAGACUCUUUUCAACUUCACUACUUCGCAGAGUAAAUGUCAAGGCUGGAUUCCCAAAUAUUGAUUUCUUGAGACCGCGAUUGGCCUCCUCGAAUUCGACCUCAAAAGCUAUCCAGCCCAAAAGGACUACACUACCGAGCAAGAAAUCUGCGACUCAGAAUCGCUCACAGACAAGUCGUGGAAUAUCUACGGGCACAAGGAAAUGGCCUUUUAAGCUUUGGUCUUCUAAGAGAGGCGGAAAACCAUUACAACCUGAUGACCUGCCAAGUCGCAGUGAGGACGGAAGAGAUAUAGAUGUGUUUAGUCUAGGGCGCUCGGUAUCUGUGAAGGCUGCCAGUGAGCCUCGGCUACGAUGUACAGAGCUGGAUGAGAAUGGGAAUGUAGUUCUUGUAAAUGGAGAGUUUAAGAAAAGCGAGCUCAUUGCUAAGGUGUGGCAGGAUAUCUUCUCUUAUGGACUUUUGGGCGUGCCAAUACUGAUCGUGUGUAGUAUGGAUUGCUUCCUCGAGAUCUCCGAAAAAUUGAUUCAAGUACCCUUCCGCAUAUCCUUGUCCGCCCUUCUGCUAUUCUCAUCAAUCUUCUCCACCUUCGAGUCCUUAUAAAGUCCAAUAGAGUUUUAAUUUUCGACGCUUAUGGCUCCACCGAUUCCUAUACACAAUCACUCUUCAUGUAUGAUUUAGAAGGGAAACUUCGCCAAAAACAAACUUCUCUAUCAGCAGGCGGCCUUCCCUACGAAUUUCGUGCCCUCGAAGCUGUCCUAAUAUCGGUUACAUCUGGCUUGGAGAAGGAAUUUGAAACAGUGCGGGAACCAGUUGUCAGAGUCUUGAAAGAGUUGGAAGAGGACAUUGAUCGAGACAAGCUUCGCUACCUUCUCAUUUACUCCAAGAAACUCGGCACAUUUGAACAAAAGGCAAAAUUGGUCAGAGAUUCUAUUGAUGAGUUAUUGGAGGCAGAUGAUGAUUUGGCUGCUAUGUAUCUUACUGAGAAGGAUCAUGAUUUAAAGAGAGGAGAAGACGAUCACACAGAGGUUGAAAUGUUGUUGGAAUCCUAUCACAAACUUUGCGACGAAAUUGUUCAAGAGUCCGGGAAUUUAGUUUCCAACAUUAGGAACACAGAAGAAAUGUAUGUUUACAGCCUUUCCUUCUGCUCCGGCUCAUAUGUACUAAUCUAGAAAUCAACAGAGUCAAAGCCAUACUCGAUGCCAAUCGCAACUCCCUUAUGCUUCUUGAACUCAAAAUUUCCAUUGGGACGCUAGGUAUGGGUUCCGGCGCGUUCAUUGCUGCCCUCUAUGGUAUGAAUUUGAAGAACCACAUCGAAGAAUCCGACCUCGGUUUCCUAGGCGUAUCAGGUUGGUGCGGAAUCUUUGCAGCAAUUGUAUGGUUCUAUGGAAUCUCCAAACUUAAAAAGGUUCAACGAGUUAGUAUGUGGGGAGAAAGUGGGAUGCGGGGUCGUAACUGGAGAGUGGCCGAAGAUGAAGCGAAAGCAGUAGAGAUGGAUAAGGGAAGGAGAGAGAGAGGACGGAGAUUAAAAGAGGAGAGGGGAAGUGCUAUGGAAGAGGUUAGGGCAAAGGUGUUGGAGCAGAGAAAAUCAAUUCAUGAUGCUGUCGCCAGCACUGAUGCGGAAAAAAAGGUUGCGGCUAUGGCGGCUAUGGCGUCUAGGAUCGCGGGGCAGGGGCAUGGGCAUGCACAUAUCAAAAAAGGAUUAGAUACCGCUACUGAUACUUAGAGGUAGGGGCUCGCUUAGAUAACAGGGUCGGCUGGUGGUGAAUGUUGAUUGGCGUUCUGGAUAUGUGUGUAUGAGUAUAUGUAUAAGAAUAAGAAUAAAGGAGUUGGGCGUUUCGAUCAAAAGUCAUAUAAAUACGAGGUGGGAAUUUUUUGAAAUGACCAGGGUGGGUUUAGAUUAGAUGGCUGAUAGAUAUAUGAUGGGACUCCUCUCAGAUAUUCUUUUGAUAUGAUGAUAAUCAGAUACUUCACUUUCUUCUCUUCAUUUCGGAUGAAAAUAUA